AUGCCCGUCUUCGACGCCAGGGACAUCAUCUCCUGGGCGCCAGGCGACAAUGCCACAGACACCGUCAUUGGGGGCAUCCACUUCAACCUGACCGCCCUCGAGCACUGGAACUUCACCCUCUACUCCAACGGCACCCUGUCCAAUGGCUCCCGCUGCCUGCUCACCUUCGGCGACUACACUCCCAAAUAUGUCUUCCCCAACGGCACCUUCCUCAACACCACCUCCUGCUACUCGCCCAUCAUGCCCAUAUCCACGCGCGGCUUCAUCAGCAUCGGCCUGGCCGUCCUCUUCGGCAUCGCCCUGAUGUUCACCCUCAUCUGUCUUCGCAGGCACGGCCGCAUGUUCCUGCCCACGGAGAAGCGAUUCAGACCAGUCGGCAGGAGGUGGCAGUGGUAUUGGAUGAUCGCAAUGUGCGCCACCGGCUUCAUCAGCCUCAUCACCAACAUCGACGUCGACCGCUACUUCCUCCCCGAGAUCCCCAUCGUCCUCACCUCCUUCUUCUGGUUCCUUAUGAACCUGUGUACAUUGGCCGCCGUGUGGGAGGCUGUCAGGCACUGGGGCAGUUGGCAGGAGAGGCAGUACAUCGAUCCCGACCCCUUCCGCCUCAAGAUGGACGACAAGAGGGCAAAGUUUGAAUUCUGGGUGCCCCUGUUCUUCUAUCUCUGGUGGUGGCUCGACUUCUUCAUGGGUAUCCCUCGCAACUGGGGCAGCCUGGAAUUGCAGCGCUCCGUCGAGCAGACCUGGGCCAGGGCCGCGCCCGGCGCAACCGACGCCCGCCUCAAGGCUGCGGCCUUCCUGCUGCUCAUGUGCUGGCUGACCACUGUCUACCAUCUCCGCCAUUCUAUCAAGCACUACAAGGAGCGCAACAGGGGCAUCUUCAACCGGGCUGUCGGCUUUGUCAGGUUCACCCCAUACCGCUUUAUGCUCAUCAUGCCCCUCGCCCUCUCCGUUGUCGCCUACCAGGCACUUUCUGCGUGGAAGUUUGAGUACUCAGUCAUGGACGUCACAGGAGACAACGUCCCCACUUUUGUCGGCGGAUACGCUCCGGCGCUGUUGAUCAUGCUCGUGCAGAUCGUCGCUGGCUUCCUCAAUCCGAAUGAGGACCGAGAGCUCAUCCGUCAGCGUCGUAUCCGUGGGGCCGCGGCGGAUCGUGAGUUGGGUGUCGUCCACAAACCCGCCUGGUGGAAGCGCAUCAAUGGCGAGGCGCGAGACGGCGAGACUAUGCGCGAAAGGAUCGCGCGGAAUGUGCGUGAGGUCGGUGGUGGCCGAGCUACAGCCAAGAACAUCGAUCAGAUACACGAGGUUCGCACGAGGGAGGCAGAGGCCGCCAGCGCCCCGACAGAUAUCGAGAUGGGCCAAGUACGACGCACCACCUCAAACGCCGGCGGCGUCGGGGCUGUUCGACCAUCACCAGGCGUCACCACGUACUCCGGCAGCAACGACCGCCGCCGAUCAGAACAAGCCAUGCAGACCGUAGCGGGCCUGUUAUUCCCCAGCUCCGGCAAUGCGCAGGGCUUCGUUGAUCGGGUGAGCUACAUCUCCGCGGACGGCCCGCCCCCGCCGCCGUAUGCGGAUUUACAUGGGCAGCAGCAGCAGCAAGAACGGGGUCGGCAGCGCAGCGACGAGGCGGCUGCAACCGGAAUCACAGCCGCACGGCCUGCUACCGUCGAGCGGAGCGCGAGCGCAAAUACUAGUAACUCCCUCGCGUCACCGCCGCAGCAGAUCAAGAGCAUGCUGGAUGUAUAG